AUGCGGAUUGGAUACACGAAGGUGCCAGAUAUGACGGUUCAGGACAAAGAGCGUGCUGUUUCUUAUGACAAGCCCUUCUAUCUUCCCUCUAUUACUCCGCCCAUGCAAUGCAGAUUUGCGCUCUGUAUUAAUGAAAACAAAUACCCUCUUCUCGGGUCAGUGACCCUCCUGCAGCUGCUCCUCACCAAGCCACUACGGCUCCGUGGUAAUUACUUGCCCAGGAACACCAGAUUAGCCACAUUUAUGAUUGACAUGAAGAGCCAAAUCAAGACAGCGAGGAUCGUUGUAUACCACGAGUUGAUCAUUGUGAUACCUUCGGGUUCGAGCUUCGCCUCCCUCCCCAAUUACCUGGUCCACGUCGCUCUCGUGACCAAGCAAACUGCGACCAAUCCCCCCUCGGUGGCCCCUUCAGUGCAAGCGAUCACCAGAAUCAUACAAUGUAUGUUGACACCAAGGUCAGUGUGA